AGUAAAUAUAUUUCUGGACGGCUUACAUAAUGCUAAUCUUAUUAGUGUUUGUUUAUCCUGAAAGUAUAUAGGAAUGGAUAAUUUAGAUGAUGAUUGCUUGGUGAGUAUUUUUAAGCAUGUUACAGACAUCCGUGAUCAGGUACACAUUGCGCGAGUUUGUUCGCGUUUUGGAGAGAUUUUCAUAGGCAUUUGGCGCCGUCAGAAUACCUACCGGACUCUCAAUUUAUCAGAAUGGCGUAAUUGGCUGCCAGACGCACAGGAUUUCUCAUAUUUCUUUCAAGCAACACGCGAUGGCUUGAUGUCAAUAGUCGUCGUUGAUGAAACUUUAAAUACAUUUUUGGUUGAUAUGCGGUAUUUUUUGAAUGCAACUGGGAAUAAAGCUGAUAGUGAACGUAACCGUCUCUCUCUGAGAGGGGUACGACAUUUUGUAGAUGCAGAAAAAUCUAUGGAUACCAUGAUUACAGAUAGCGAUAUGAAAAUUUUAGCACAAACAUUUCCAAAUCUAAAAUCACUGGAUAUAAAGGAACCCCUAAGUGGACAGCAUCUUGCCGAUUUUUUACAACUAGAGGAAUUGUAUUUAUACGUGCCAUCGAACACUCACUUCGAGAUUGAAAAUGCCCAUUUUGAGGAGAUAUGCCUGCGGUUAAAAAAUUUGCGAAUAUUAGAUGUACGCAGAUAUGACGGAAAGAGUUGCCUUGAUUUGAAACCUGUGUUAAACUGUAACAACUUGGCUACGCUCAAAGUUAAUUUAAAUCCACUUAAAAAUAUCCUUUCAGAAGUAUUGCGGCUACCGAAAUUGGUUUGUCUUAAUGUAAUGCUGGAUUUUGAAAUCGAUAUUGGAAGCAUACAGAACGUAGAUACGCAUGAUUUCAAAAUAUACGAAACAGUUGAAUUUCGUGAUAUAUUAAAAACUCAGAAGGAGCGUAUAAACGGUAUAGCAAUAGAUCUUUACUAUUUUCCAAUGGAUUCCAAUUUGGAUUUAGAUUUAGCUCUGUGGCAAGGUGGGAAGAAAUUGAAAAAAUUUUGCCUUUGUAACUGUGAAUUUAAUCCGGAUGAACUGAUAAAUUACUUAAGCACGAUGAACUGCUUGGAAAUUCUAUGCUGUCGCCAUUGGGAACAAUUGGAAAACAAACAUGUAGUACAUUUCGUUGAGCGAUGUCCACAAUUGGAACAUUUGGACAUUAGUUACUGUCCUAACAUCAAUGGAAAGUUACUUUAUCAAAUACUGGACGUACUCAAAAUGCAGGAUAAGGAAUAUCCAUUGCAUCUCUAUUAUCUGAGAAGUGGCCUCGAACAUGAAGUGGAAAAAAUGGUGAAUAAGUAUGACCCGAUGAUUUGGCGUUUAGUGAAAUUAUCCACGGAAUUUCCGCCCGGUUCGGAAAAGGGAUUGAGUUAUGUGUAUCGAGGUUAUGAGUUUGAUUUCAUUUGCAAUGAUAUGUGACCGCAAAGUUUUUAGAUUAAGAGCCUAACGCAAUGUUUUGAUCUCUGACAAUCAAAAAAGCUAAAUCG